UUUAUUUUAAAGUGACAAUAACAAACGUGACCAGAGAUGAAUUGCCCACCCCAGACCCAAGAGAAGUUAGACCGUCACCGUACUCACAGAGACUGUCACUGUCCCUCCUUUAGACUUCACUCUUGCAACAAACGUUCUACGUUCUGAUCUACGAUGGCUUCAGAAGAAUCCAAAAGGCCUGCUCCUGAGCGGCCCCCUCCACCCUCUCAUCUGACUGAUUCUUCAUUGGCUUCACAAGAGGAAGAGUUUUCCAAAUUCUAUAAGGAAGCUUAUAAGUAUAUUGACCAUGGAAUCACCUUAGUCACUGAAGGAAAUCAUGUUCAGGCUAGUGCUAUCUUACAGAAGGGUCUGUCCUUAAUUGAUAAGGCAUUGAACAUCAAGGUUGAAUCUUUUGAUUGUGGUGCUGAGGAAAUCCAACUGUAUGCAGAGAUGCAGAAUAAAAUGAGAUGUACAAGGAAGCAAGUAUUGGCACACUUUGCUGAUUUGCAGACAGGUAAUGCAAGUGGGAAUAAUACAAGAGAUGGAAUUGAGGAUGCGCCACCAUCUUAUGAUGACUAUUUAAAGUCUUUAGAAUCAGGUGCAGGUAGCAGUAAUGAUGCCUCUGAUGGAAAUACUUCAACUUCUUAUCCUCGCCUCAGUGCACUUAACCCUCAGGUCCAGGACGCUGCCUUUGCUGAAAUAAUGGAAUCGCCAAUAGUAACACCAGUAAUGUCACCGCAAAAUGGAGAAAUGGUCUUUCAGGUGGAAAAUGGAGUCCAGAUAUUUUUCAUAUAUGCUGAUGGCAGAGUCACAAGUCCCUCAUAUCCGUCCUUCUUAGCUGUGUUUGUGUUUCCUGAGAAUAUUGGUGGUGUAGCGACCCCAGAGGGAGCACGAGGAUUCCUGCAGGUGGGUGAGUGGAGUUACCCCCUUAUUCCAGCCAGGAGUCCUGUUCUUCAUUCUUUUUAUGGUGCUUACAUGUUCCCAGAUGUCACCAACUCAGUGCCAGGCUCAAGUGUUGGGAUCAUUCUGCCUGAUACAAUUGAUAAGGAAACACGAAGUCUGUUUGAACAAAUUUUAGCAGAUCUGACCUGUUACCAGUUGCAAGAAGCCCCUAAGGGUGUUGAUGCUGAGCAUGAAAUGCAGGUUGUGCAGUACAGCAAUGCAGAACGAAUUUCAGCAGGUUUGGUCGCAGGAGCAGAAGCCAUUUCAAAGGGGGUAGUUUGGGGUGCAGAAAAGCUGGGUGAAUUGAUAUCUUUUGGGUCUGAAACACUGAAGAGUCACAUCAAGCCAGAGGAACAAAAGAAAGAAAUUGAUCCCAAGUGGCAAACAACAGCAAAGGUGGCUAGAGAUGUAUCUGGAAAGGCUGUUAAAGUCAGUGGAUAUUUGUUGAGUCAGGUUGGUAGAGCUACAAUGGCCCUUGGAAGGAGAGUGGCACCUCACCUACAGAAGCAGGGAACUCGAGCAAUUUCACACUUGACAGGUCAAAAGGAAGCAGAAGCAAGUGAAAAUGUUGAGGGAGCCUUAGAGGUAGCAGCUGGAGUUGUCAAGGGAGCCUCCACUGUCUACAUGGGUCUCGAAACUGCAGCAGCAACUCUUCUCUCUAACAUCACAGAUAACACUGUGAAAGUUGUGACACAUAAGUAUGGUGAAGAAGCUGGAGUUCUGACUGACAACACCAUGUACACAGUUGGGCAGGCAGCUAUGGCAGGUCAUAACAUUGCAUCAUUAGGUGUCAAGGGAAUAGCUAAAAAGGCUGCAAAAGAUACGGGAAAAGCUCUUGUAUACCAUCAUGAGGAAAAAAGAAAGCAGGGACAGGAAGCAGUUGAAAAUGCUGAAGAAGCAAUGGAAACAAGCCAAGAGGAAAGUGACGAAGCUGGACCUGUUCCUGUACGACCAGUCAGGGAAAAAAAGAAGCCAUUGUUAUAGUGCUAAUGUAUUUUGUAGGGAUAAAUACUCUGUUUGAAAAUAACGUAGUUUUGUGCUUUAUACUUUCUGAUACCCACAUACCUGUACUGGUAUCAAACAGGUUAACAUGUUAUAUUUAUUUUGCAUUUAAGUGAUUUAGUUUUGCAUCAUCAUAACUACUCAGCAGUGUUAGGAAAAUUAUUGAAAUGCUUCAGGGAAUUUGGCAGUGUUUUAAAUGUUAAGUUUUUAUAAAUUAUGAAAAUUUUAUCUACUUAUCAACAUACUUUUAGGAUCACUUCUGCUAUAAUUUUGUAGACUACUAGUAGGAUAAUUUCACAGCUCAUAAUGUUUAUGAAUUAUAAGGGCCUUUAAACAAUACCUAGUAUAACUAUCCUAAAAAUCCACAUUAGAAAGAUAAGUAAAACAGUGACUUGGAACAAGUACUUUCGUAGUAUGUUCUACAUUUUCAAGUUCUCAAGUACGUGUUCAUUCAUGCUGCAUUGGACUAGCAUACCUAGUCUGUACUAUAACUUACGAAAAUUUUCUUUUAACAGAAAUGUGGUUGAAAGAGAUUUUUUUUUUUUUUUUAAAUACACCUUACUUUAAGAAUGGGUUUCAUUUUUGCAGUCAGGUUAUAGACCUAUUUAGCCAUCAGUAAAACAUGAGAAAAAAUAGAUAAUAAACAGUGACUUUAAUGUAAUGAGCUGUUGUGUUUUGUCUCUUAUCAUUUCACUGUGUACUUGUUUCUUGUAGGUAAACUCUUAUUUUUAGAUUAUUUCUGUAAUACCUAAGUUGAGCUACUACUGAUAGUUGGGCAUUUUUUGUGCAGUAACUUUUGUGUAGUCACUGCAACCAUUCUAUUUUCCUUAGUAAUAAAUGUCAGGAUUUCUAAUGAUAAUUGCCUUAUGUAUUUUCAUCCAUGCAAGUCUAAAGGAAAUGAAAUUGCAAGGAGGAAAAAAUGCAUUUUUAAUUAAAAACAAAGAAAUCUUUUGUAUUGUAAGCACUAAGAGAUAUUCUGUUUAAUGUUUUGAUUGUAUACUAACUUAUAGUUUUGCUGAUUAUAAAUCAUGCUUCUGUUUCCUUAACUUUGAACUUAAUCUACAAAGCAAAUUAUCAGUGAGGAUUGUGCAUAAGGCUUGACAGUUUUGGAUUAACCUUAGAAAUUUUAUUAUAAAUAUAGAGGAUUUUUUUUUUGCUGUAAAUUUGUUUUUCAUGAUAGAAUGUUGGUUUGUGCCAUUUCAUAGUAAAUUAUAUUUGUACUUCAUUUUGGUAUCUUUGAAAAUGUUAAGACAAAAUUAGUCAUGGAUGCUCUGAAAUCAGAAGAGAACAUAAAUUUCUCUAUUGUUCAUGAAUUAAUAUAUUAUAGAAAGGAAAUUCAUAGAUCCUUUUUCACUUUGCAAAAGCAUAACUUUAAUUUACAAUAAAUUCAAUUUCUAAUAGUAUUGAGUAUGGUAGAUGAAACCAACAUGACAGUGCCUUGACAUUCUCAUAUUCAGUAGUUUUGAUCUGUAUGUUAACGAAAAUACUCCCUUUUUUUUUUGCCACAACAAAACUAUUUUAUAUGGCUUAUGGCUUAAGUACUACUUAUUUAUUAAGAGUGAUCAUUGCAAUGUUUCAGUCAGCCAGCAGAUAUCUGAUUGAAACAGUUACUUGUGGUGAUAUGAGGAUAACAUACAUUACAAUGAGUGAAGCCAGAUCAGAAGUUCAACCUUGAUGUUUUUCUUUAUACGUAUCCAUUUCUAAAAAUAUUUAAGUUGGUGUCCAAAAUACUGAAAUAACCUUUAUACUGAAUAUGGUUUGCAAUCAGAAUUCUUAUGUCUGGAGGCUUAAAGAAUAUGCUUUAUAGUUUUAUAUACUCUUGUUAAUUUUAGUGCCAAUUCUUGUGCAUAGAAGAAAAUUGGUUAUGUAUGGAUAUUGUACAGUUCUGUAUUUUCUUUGUGAUCAAUGUAGAUGUUUUUGUGGAAAAGUUAAAAGGCCAUGAACAUGCAUAGCAAGCCUUCAGAAAAUAGAUUCCCUAGAUACGAUAAAACGAAAGAAGUCAAUUAGAACUCUUAAAUACCCAGUUAGAAUGAAUAGAUUUCAUAUGCAUGGCUAAGAGUAAAUAUUGCUGAAAGAAUAAUUAUCAGGAAAUAAGAAGUAGGUACUGUAUAACAAAAUGGAAACAAUAAGCAAAUAUGUGAAAAAGGAAAGAACUUGCUCUCACAAGCCUGUGUCUACAAGUAAAGUUAUUGAAAAAAUUCAUAUGCUUUACUGUAUAAUAAGUUAUUCAAAGGAUAUUCAUUAAAAACUAUUUUAUAAAAGAGGAAAGGCUGAAGACCUAUGAUGUUUCUUCACUUUUGCCUAUUAUUCUGAGAUUUAUUUGUUUAUUAAAACUCCAAUCUGCCAUUCCUUUCUUGAAGAACAGCUUACUAUGCUUGGAUGUCUCCUUUGAACACAUAUAUAUUACAAGGAGGUCAGAAACUGGUCAGAUUAAAUGUUCUUAAUUCAUAUGUAUGCUUAGAGACCUGGUUUUAAAACAGUGUGCAGUGUUACAAAAAUAACAUUGUGAAUCUUUCUUGCUUUUUCUCCUUCAUACUCUACUUUCUGACUUUGUCUUUUGCAGGAACUAAGAUCUUUCCUUCAUUGCACCAUACAGUUGUAUUGCAAAACUGUCAUGGCAGAGCUUGAAGUAAUGAUUAAUUAUAUAUCUCAGAACUGAUCAGAUCAGUAUAACUAUAAAUUCAGAAUAAGCUUUUGGUAGAUUUUGUAUGAAUUUUAAAAUCAUUUAAGAGAAAAUUUACUUAUUUACUCAUAGGUCUUAACAUAGUGUGUCUAUAUUUAUUGUUAUACCUGCACUCAUAAUUUGCAAACAUUUUUCUGAAACCAGUCAAUAAAGUUAGCAGCUUGCCUGCCUAGCAGCUUUCAUGGAUGGAAGAGACUAGACUUAUAUAAAAAGAGGGAAAAGUACAGUGAGUGAAAGAAUGCAUUGUAUUAAAUAUACAGAUUAAAGUAAAUGAUUUAUUUGAAAUUUAUAUACUAUUUAGUUUUUAGAAAUCUUAAAAUAAAAUCCCUGACUUAGUUUUGAUAAUUAAGGUGUAUAUAUUAUGUAUGACAUCCUUGCAGAUGUCUUGUUCAUUUGUUUUAAAAAGUUCAAAGUAAGAACUUUGUUCUAUGGUGUUUGUUUCAAAGUACAAAUGAUUAAAGUUAACAUAUUUUAAUGAAGAGUAAAUGAUUUAGACAUGGAGAAUAUGGAAUUGCAAAAUUAAUACCUUUUCUUUAUAAUGGUCUCGGUUACCCAUGGAAUGGAUUAUUGUAUAACUAUUAAUGGAAGCUUUCUGGGAACACAUGCAGAAAUUAAUAUGCCUUUUAAUAAUGGAUAACAUUUUUAUUUAAUCCAAAAUAAAUAUUGCAAGUGUUAAUGGGAGCAAAAAACAUAUGAAUUAAUUUUCAUAUUUUUUUUUUUUAUAGAAGUAGUACAUUGUUUUGUGGACAAUUUUGAACGUGGCAAGAUUUUAGGCUACUCUGUACUAGGUGUACUCUGCAUUAAGAUUACAUUAUGUUAUUGAUCAAGGCAACAGGUGUGGGUAAUGAUAAGUUUACUAUCAUAUUACAGCUAAACUUAAAGCCAAAACAAGUAGUUUUAUAAUGAUUAUUUUAUGAUUUCUAUAAAUUGAAAGCUUUACAUGCAUGUGAUACAGUGUAGUAUACUGAUCAUUUUAAACUCAAAGUAAAACUGCUUGCUCAGUUUUAUUAAUAUUAGAGGCUGAAAUUAAUUUUUGCAUUAUUUUUGUCACAAGAAGCUUGUUAGCUAAAGUUAUAUUUAAUGUACAAGUAUAUAGUUUAUACAAGAAAUAUAUAGGCUAUAUUUACAAGAA